AUCCAGCUUCUUAACCCAUUAAAGACCAAAGAAGAAAACCUCGAGAGCUCGAUCCUUUCUUUUCCCCUUCUCAGGCACGCCUCCGAUCGCCCUAACUUCACUUCACACUUCAUUGGUUAGUUUGCUUUGUCCUCCUUUUCCAUUUGCGUUGUUUUGGUUUUCUUCUGAAUCCCUAAUUUUCUUUCUCAUGUUUGGUUUCAGUUCGUUAGUCGUCAGAAUGUCGAGUUCGUCGAUUGUGGAGGCGCCGCCGAAGGGUGGGUUCAGUUUCGAUCUCUGCAAGAGGAAUGAAAUGCUCUCCGGGAAGGGCGUCAAGCAUCCGAAUUACAGGAAAACGGGAACCACCAUUGUCGGCUUGAUUUUCCAGGAUGGUGUCAUUCUUGGAGCAGAUACUAGAGCUACUUCUGGACCCAUCGUCUGUGAUAAGAAUUGUGAGAAGAUUCAUUUUAUGGCGCCUAACAUUUACUGCUGUGGAGCAGGAACUGCUGCCGAUACUGAGUCGGUGACAGACAUGGUGAGUUCGCAGCUGCAGUUGCAUCGUUACCAUACUGGCCGAGAGUCGAGGGUUAUUACAGCACUUACUCUCCUGAAGAAGCAUCUUUUCAAUUACCAAGGUCACAUCUCUGCUGCUUUGGUGCUUGGUGGUGUUGAUUGCACUGGGCCUCAUCUACACACGAUAUAUCCCCAUGGAUCAACAGACACUUUGCCUUUUGCCACAAUGGGUUCUGGUUCUCUUGCUGCAAUGGCUGUGUUCGAGUCGAAGUACAAGGAAGGCCUGAAUAAGGAGGAAGGAAUAAAGCUUGUGACUGAGGCCAUAUGUUCUGGUAUAUUCAAUGACUUGGGAAGUGGAAGCAAUGUUGAUGUUUGUGUCAUUACAAAGGGGGAAAAAGAAUACAUGAGAAACCACUUAAAACCCAAUCCACGCACAUACGUCAGUGCGAGGGCAUACACCUUCCCCAAGAAGAUAGAGGUCCUCUCAACAAAGAUUACCCCACUGAAGGAGUUAGCUCAAGUGGUUGAGGCUGGUGACGCUAUGGAAGAGUGAAAGACAGAAUGAUAGAGCUUUGUUUUAAGAUCACUGUACUGUUACCGAAUAGUUUCGAGAACUUGAGGACCCAAUGUGAUGUCGUUUUCGCUGAAUUGCAAAUGCUCGGCGGAUCUUUUGGAGACUGUUUUAUGUGAUUAGUCUGUAGCAUCUUUAUCUUCACUUCUCUUCUUUGUUCUCUGACUGUCUUGAAUUUAGUUGGAGAACGAUGAAAUGUACUCGAGAAACCAAGUUGGAGGAGGUUCUAUUUAUAUCCGUCUUUGGAUCAAAUUCUAGGAUGUUCAUUUCCAAGUGCAUUCAUCGCAUGCAAUUGGAGCUACAUUUUCAAACUGAUUAGC